AUGAGCGAGUCUCUUUCGAGCGCUGAGAAGAAUGUAUGGGAGACGUUGAAUAAUUUUCAGACGCAGCUUGAAGCCACGUUUAAGGACAAUCAAAUUGUGCAAGAUGAUGCCUUGCUGAAUGGAUUUCUGUCAUUUGUCGAGUCCAGGUUGACCAGAAUGGUAAAAGAAUCUCUGGACGUGCAGCAAGAGAUAUGCGAAAGUGCAAGAAAUAAUGGCUCUUUGCAGAUCGACAUAGACGACAGGACUGUGCCGCUAAUUCUUAGGUUGUAUUGGGAAAAGAUUUGUCAUCCCGUUUUUAAGUGGUUCCAAGCUUGGAGAAAAACGAUAUCGCCGAAGGAACCUGGAGAAAAGCCGAGAUAUGUGGAGUUUCGGAAGAUGAAUGCAAAACUUACUAAAUUCUUCAAAUCUGUGCACAAGUUUUACUACAGCAUUAUGGAGCAAGUUGUUGCAAAAUAUGACUGCUCCGCGUUAAUGCCUUUGAAGCUCCGCGAAGAGUUGAACAUGAAAAUUCCUGAAUCUUCUGAACAGAGCCGCCUGGGUUCCAAUGGAAAAUUCGCUGUUUUAGUUGUAAUGACAUUGCAUAACUGCCUGCUGUAUUUGGGGACCACUCAUCGUUAUAAAGCUGUCGGACAGAAAAUCAACAAUAGAUAUCAGCUUCAGGAUUUCGAGAAGUCUAUCAGAUAUCUUGAUAUGGCUUGUUUGUUUCUACCUUCCAUGGGGGAGGCCCAUUUACAGAAAGGGCUGAUAUACGUCCAGACUAAUAACUUCGGCUCAGCUGUGUAUCAGUUUACUCGAAGUGCUCUCGCUAGAAUUCCGAGUCCAGCUGCGGAAAGCAAUUUUGCCCGGAUAAUAUGCGAUAGAAAAAGUCGCCUGCGUCAUAACUUCGAUCAGAAUCUGAAACACAAUCAUCACCUAAAAAUGGACCCAACCGGUUUCAUCAAUAGAAUGAUAAUCGAGUCCUAUUUUUUGGUUUUAUUUGGGAAUCAUUUUGCUCCACAGUCGUGGAAAAUAGAUAGUUUGCCAGGAGUCUCAAACUUGGUUUCAUUGGAGAGAGUGUUAUACGAGAAGAUUUCAACUUGCUACAUCAAGAAUACAGGGCUCAUCUUUGAAAAUUUGAUUAUCGCUAUCGGAGGUUUUGAUCUACUGGUGAAGAGGCCGAAAAUUGGUGAAAAAAGGCUUGAUUCGCAAGCCGUGAAUCUAAAAGAUUUAACACAGGUCCAGUCAAAUUACUUAUCCUUUUCCUUCAAAUUUAUCUCUCAUCUAUUGCACAUCAUCAGAGAAGCAUGGGAGAAAAAUUUUGACGAUUUCCACUACUUGGCAAUGGUAAGAGUAGUUGAAAAUUGGUUGAAGUGCAAUCGGGCAGCUUUACAAUACUCCCACCGUGACGAAAACUUCUGUAAAGCACUAGCUCUUUUGUUGAACGACAUUUUGAAAAGUGACAAAUUAGACAAAAGUUCGCUUGCAAAUAGCAAACCAACCAGGCCAUAUUUUUUUGAAGAAGACGUUAUGUUGAAGGAAUUCUUUUCUGUGAGAUAUGCAUUAUCUGAUUUUAAUGAUGAGCAUAUCUUUGCUUCCAGUGAUUCUACUUCUAGACUGAUGGGAUACGUGCCGGAAACUGAAAGGCUACAAGCGACCGAUGAGGGGCGGCUGAGAUUGAAAGCCAUUGUAGGUUCCGGAAGAAAGUUCUUUGCGAAGAACAGUUGUGGUAUGGUGUGGAACGCAGAAAAGACGCUCUACGAAUUUGGACAGCAGGCCGUAAAACGGCCAACCAAAAGGUCAGAAAAUACUCCCUCCAAAAUACAGAAUGAUAAGCGCACAUUGAAUACCAAAAAAUCUGGUAAAAACGAAACACUUUCAAUUGCGGAAUUAGAGGAACAGUUCAGGGGCACCCGGCAGGGCACGAAGACACCGGAUUGGGGUUAUAGUGGUUCAUCAGCUCCGAUGGCGCCUUCAACAUUUAAUACCAAGCCUAGUUCAGGCAUGACAGAAAGCGCAUCAGUACGCCAAGCCGCCACAAUUUCAUCUGACGGCUCUGUCCAACCCAGCAGCUCGUCAACCACGUUAUCUUCGUACUCAUCUCGCUCUGAUGAGAAAGAUUUGAUGGAUUUUGCCGGUGAGCAGAGCACGGAUAUCCAAGAGCCGAUUUCAGCUGAGUAUCUAGAGAAACAGCAGUUAAAGCACCGGAACCUGGAAUCGCUCUCAUCGACAAUACCACACGUGGGCAUGCCGCUUGCAGGAUUUCAAGCGAUGGGAGCAAUUCCCUACAGAAUGCCUGUUAUGUCAGCACAGACAGCAGGUCCAGCACAGCCACUUGCUGCCCCUUCGAUACUUUAUCCACCUCCUGCACAGCCGGCUAUGGUACCAGCGCAGCCCGGAGUGGUGUACCCCAGACCUGGACAGCCAAUGCAGAUGUAUCAACCAAACACUUGGAUGGCCCAGCCAUUCUAUCAGCAAGGCCCAUAUCCAUAUGGUGCACAACAGUCGCAGCAUCAGCUAUAUGGUCAAGGAAAUAAUUUACAUCCGAAUACGAUCCUCCCUUUGCAGAUGGGACGACAGUCACCUGCAUCCCUACCUGCAGAGUUUGCGCAUCGUUGA